AUUAACUAAAGUAAUUGCCAUCAAAUGUUUCGUUUGUUGGCCGGAGUCGAGCCGGAUUCGUCGUCCGGCUCUCAACAGGAACCCUUGAGUCUCAGAGAGGAGUUCCGUUGGCGGAGAUUUGGCUUGGAUUAUAAUACACCUUUGGACUUUCUGCGAUCGCAAUGGCAAUCAACACCAAAGUCUACACCUUUCUUAGUAUAUCGAUGGGCGUUAGGCUGCUUUUUCGGCGUAGGAGUGGUCGGUUAUAUAAGGGAGUACUUCCAAAAAGGAACAGUUUUCAUCUAUUUGACAAACUGGGGAUUUAUAUUGUGCGGCAUUGUCAGUAUUUCUGGAGCCAUUCUUGUCACUGUCUAUCACUUUAAACAGGAAACGUGGGCUCCGCCUAACUGGUUAAUCAAAACAUAUUGGGCGGGCUACUGGAUUAAUAUAGCCAUAGCAUUUUUGAUCGCAAGUAUUUAUUGGUCAGUUAUAUAUCCCAAAGAUCGGGUGCUGACUAACCCGACUCGUGUUUCCGAUGUGUAUAACCUAUGGACUCACUUAGUGCCGCCGAUUGCCUUGACUAUCGAUCAUCUUCUGGUGGCGCAACCAGCACGUCUCCUGCAUUUUGUCUAUCCAUUGGGAUUCUCCCUUUUCUAUGUAUCAUUCGCGUUUGUAUACUACUUACUAGGUGGAACACAAAUAGACGGACGAGCCUAUCUAUAUAGUUUUCUGGACUUUACAAAACCAAAAAGGAUUGCAAUGACUGUUUUACGGAUCAGUGUUGUGAUAGUCUCCUUGUCCAAUUUGCAAUAUGGAGUCUAUCGUCUAAGGACCUUCAUAGCACGAAAACUGGGAAAACUUCAGUGAUGUAGAUGGCUUCGAUGCUGUGCGGUUCCCCUAAUAAUUGCAUUAAAGUGAUGCGUGCCAAAACUUUAAAAAUAAACAUAGCCAGAGGAAAAGAGGGAGAGCCUGACUGAUGGUAUUAGUGUUUCGACUUUAUGAUACCCCUCAUGAGGUAUUAUAUUUCUCUGGAUCAGUUUUUUUUGUUGGUACAUAAAAUGUUCUAUAAUAAUAAUAACUCACAGCUAAAGACACUAAACUUUGAUAUCUGGCUUGAACAGGGUAUAGCUG